AGAUGUAGCUACUCCCUCCUACAGUAUUCUGUCAGUCUUGCUCGUGUCUUUAUAGUGGAAAUACCUGUCAGAGUGCCAAGGUUUCAACUCCAGAUGUGAUAAUGGGACACACCUUUCUCUGUAUGGUGGAGUUAUUCUUGCUGAAGACAAUCCUCCACUGUGGACACGCUACAGAUAUACCCAGACCUGUCCUCACUGUGUCUCCAUCAUGGCUGAGUCCUGGAGACUCAGUGACUCUGAACUGCAGUUUUAAACAUCCAUCAGCAGGAUGGAGGUUCUCCUGGUAUAAGGCUGUUCCCAAACCAUCAGACAACUCCUACAGCUAUGAGCUGCUACCUGACAGCACCACUGGGACUGAACAGGAUUCUUACAUCGUUCAUGGACAAACACACACAGCAGGAUAUGCGUGCAGAGCUAAAGGAGGAGAUCCGGUGCAUCACACUUGGUAUAGCAAACCUAAGUUUGUCUGGUCUGGAGAUUCUCAUCCAGCAUCAGUCAAAGUGAGUCCUGCCCGAGUGCAGCAUUUUUCCACAGAGUCAGUCUCACUGAGCUGUGAGGGAAACUCUGCAGAGUGGAGAGUGAUUAGGCUUACUGAAGCUGGCCGUAUGAAAAACUGCUCUGAGUGGGGGAGCAUGCACGGACCCACAUGCAACAUCAGCAAACAUACAAACAAAACAGCAGUGUACUGGUGUGAGUCCAGAUCAGGACAAUUGAGCAAUGCAGUCAACAUCUCUGCACAUGGUAAUUACAGUUUUGUUGUUUUCACAACCGCAUUGCUAGAUUUAACAGCUUACAUUUAAAUUGCAUAACCGAUAAAGUUAAAUGUUCAGAGGCAAAUCGUCCUUCUGUAAACUUUUCUGUGUAAAUUUACAGUAAUUACUGGCAGCAGCUUUGCCUGCAAAGUAUUUUACAAUUCCUUACUGUAUUUUAGAAAUACAGUGUAUUUUAUUACUGUGUUAUUGUAAAUAUACAACACAAUGCAGUUCAGUCUUGUCAGAAAAUUACUGCAGAUAUACAGUAGCUUGUAAAACCUUUCAGUGUGAAUUUACAGUAAA